AUGGCGCCUUCACACUCGUUUCUAUCAUUCUUGUCGUUCGCUUGGAUCGGGGUCUUGCUGGCACCACUCGUUUGCGCCGCGCCCUGGAUCGUGACUGAUGAAUAUCAGGAGGUCCGCGUUACUAAUUAUCCAGAAUACUACAAUAGCGAGUUCUAUCCGGCCACCGUGACCACCUCGAUUGAGGAGAUCAUUCCUACCGUCACGUCGCUGCCGUCGGCCCUGUCGACCUCCACCAACGUCGAGACAUACGGAUAUGAGACCGUGACGAUCAUCGAGAAACUGUACCCCUCCGGUGCAGUGGGCACUCCAGUGCCCAAAUCGGCCUACAAUGACUAUUACUAUUAUUACAAUACCGGUCACACUACCAUCUUCAUGGUGAACCUGGUCUUCACUGCCCCCACCGGUUGCUCCACUCAAUUCACCCGCACGUCCGCUGUCUCGGUCGACCCCAGCCAGAAGACCGUCGAGCGACUGCUUCCCAAGACCUCUGUCUCAACUUCUUACUCGGUCUACAACACACAGCCCUUCCAGUCUGCGACCCGCACUUACGUAUAUGUCUGGGUCGACCCAACUCAGGUUCCAACGGAGACCCUCUACUCUCUCAGCGACUACAGCUACCCGACAUCCUUAUACGUCGGCAGCGACUGCCAGUACGAAGGACACGGAUACGGUUCGAGCUAUCGCUAUAAUGACUACUAUUACGACUACGGGGUGACGAUCUCGCCGAUUGCAAUCAUCAUCAUCUGCGUGCUCGGCUGGAUCGUGCUCAUGUUCCUGUUCGGCAUCCUGGAAGCAUGGAUCCGAUUUCGGCGACUGAUGACAGGCUGGCAGACCCGGCGUGGGCUGCCGGUGUGCUGGGCGCUGACGAUCAUGCCAUUCACGCUGUUCUGUCUGUGCUGCUUCCGUAAGGGCUUCCGCGCGCGCACGGCGCACGACUCGGCCGUGCUGCAGCAGCGCUGGAAGAACAUGAGCGCCUGGACCAAGUUCAAGCUCUUUUGGGUCUGGGGCUUCCGCUACAAGUACCCGCCCAUCCUAGGCCCGGCGCCAGCGCGCGUCAACCCGAGCAAGCGGCCGGGCAAGCACCCGGGACCCCCGAUGGGCCCGCCGCUGCUUUACCAGACGCCGCCACAAACGGGAGCGUAUCCGCCGGUGUCACCGGUAGUAUCGUUGAACCGAGGUCCUGGACCGGAAAUGGGCCAAGUGCAGUCGCAGCACCAGGCUAGUCCCGUUGUUCCUGAGGCGUCGGGUGCGCUAGCGAGUGAAAGCCAGGCACAACCGCAGACUCUAGCUCCGGCUCCGACUCAGACUCCGACUCAGCCGCAGCCACAGCCACAGCAGGCGCAGGGCCAUCAUAACGACGAGGUUGGUCGGGCACAAUAG